CUGCGCUCUUCACAAGUUCGAGAACAUCUCUACUGCGGAUCACUUUUAAACACCUUUUGGACUUUUACCUGCCCAAACAGAAGCCAUGCAGAUGCCUGGAAGAGCUUAUCAAACUUAUGGACAAUUAGUGCGUCCUCUCCAUCCGGACUAUGCCACUUCAUCAAAACCGAGCACAGGGAAAUCCUUCACAAUCGACGCUCUGCUUGCAAGGCCUGACCACACGGAGAGAGACAGAACAAGUGUGUAUCGGAACAUCACCAAUCGAGCGCCAGGCUCGAGUUCCAGUGUCCCAUUCGCGGCGCAUGUGUACUCGCAAAUGCCACACUUUGCGUACAGCCAGAGUAUCAUGACGCAGAAUGGGUAUCCAGUUUUCUGCUACCCGCCUUACAACUACCAGACAACAUGCCGUGGAGCUAUAUAUGCACAAGAUGCCGUACUGGCUAAAGCAGCAGUCCACUCUCACUAUAAACACAAAGCUGGGAAAUCAAAGCGAAUGCGCACAAGUUUUACCAAUGAGCAACUGUCCCGACUGGAGAAGGAGUUCGCGCGGCAGCAGUAUAUGGUCGGAUCCGAGCGCUUCCUUCUGGCAUCUGCUCUCCAGCUCACUGAAGCACAGGUUAAAGUUUGGUUCCAGAACAGACGCAUCAAGUGGCGAAAGCAGAGUCUUGAGCAACAACAAGCCAAGUUAGCCAAACUGGGGCUCGCAGUGCCACCAAAGAGCCCCGGAUCUCAGGGCAGGGAGGACGAGGAGAGAGAUUUCACAGAAGAGUCUGAUGUGGACAUUGACAUCGAGGAUUCACUUCAAGACUGA